UGAAAUGCAGUGAACGCUCAACGGAAGUUGAGGGACGGUUGCAAGCUUUAAUGAGGGGCGAGCUCAGAUACUUAAUUAAACUUGAGAAUUUGACCGUUUCCAGCGAAUUAAUCCCCCCUUCCCUACUUUAUGGCUUCCAGUUCCAAUAUGGACAUAGAGGGCGCGACCCAGCACCUUCGGGACAUCUUAAAACUGGAUCGUCCCGGUAAUUCGGCCGAUUCCUCUUUGGUAGAGAGCCAGAGAAAUCUAUCUUUCAAUGGAGAGUUGAAUGGAGUUUUUGGAGCGGAUAUUAUCAACGCAGGAGGACAUACAGAAAUGGUGGAGCCGACUUCUCACAACUCUGACAAACUCAAUGGACAGGACACACAGACCAUCUGCCUUUCAGGAGAUGAUGAGUCCACCUGUGUCUCCAUCAGAGCAAACAAUGUGGAAAUUGUGUCCAGCCGUGACUCUAGUAUUGACAGUAAGGCUCGUGGUAGCAACAAGGUUAAAAUACAGCCAGUGGCCAAAUAUGACUGGGAGCACAAGUACUACUAUGGCAAUUUAAUAGCCGUGUCCAACUCAUACGUGGCUUAUGCCAUCAGAGGUGCAAACAAUCAUUCUAUGAUCCGCGUGUUGCAACUGGGCUCGACGGAGCGUUCGCUGCUGAAGGGCUUCACCGGUGCAGUCACAGACCUUGCUUUCGCCCACUUGGACUCCACCCUCUUGGCCUGUGUGGAUGAGGCUGGAAACAUGUUCAUUUGGCAGCUCACUAGUCACAACAGCAAAAUACAAGAUGAAGUGAUCGUUCACAUCCACAGGCCUGAGGACACUCCACUUAAUUCCAACCGCAGACUCAUCUGGUGUCCCUUUAUCCCAGAAGACAAUGAUGAGAACCCGGAGGAUGCGUGUCAGACAUUGGCACUGCUUCAUGAAGACAGAGCUGAGGUUUGGGACCUUGACAUCCUCCGAUCCAAUAACAGCUCAUGGCCUGUGGAUGCCACUGAACUGAAAGAGGGGUUUAUCACUAUUAGAGGACACACAGCACGCAUCAGUGAGGGAGCGCUGUCCCCUGAUGGCACUGUCUUGGCCACAGCAAGUCAUGAUGGAUAUGUAAAAUUUUGGCAAAUCUACAUUGAAGGACAGGACCAACCCAGAUGUUUGCACGAAUGGCAGCCACAUAAUGGACGGCCCCUUUCCUGCCUGCUCUUUUGUGACAACCACAAGAAGCAAGACCCUGAAGUUCCGUUUUGGCGAUUCCUGAUCACUGGAGCUGAUCAGAACCAGGAGCUGAAAAUGUGGUGCACAGUGUCAUGGACCUGCUUACAAACCAUCAGGUUUUCUCCAGAUCCAUUUAACAGCAGUGUGCUACCCAGCCUGAAGGCCAGUUUGGACCUGUCUGCAGAGUUUCUUAUCCUUAGUGAUGUUCAGAGGAAGGUGUUGUACGUCAUGGAGCUGCUACAGAACCAGGAAAAAGGCCGUGCCAACUUCACUGCAGUUUCAGAGUUUCUGCUUACAUACCCUGUGCUCAGCUUCGGCAUACAGGAUGUUGCCCGUGCACGAUUGCGGCACACUGAGGUCCUUCCCCCUGAUGAAGAAAGUGAAAGCAUGACAACAGAAGGAAGCCAGGGACCCUCAGAGUCCAAAUCAGGAAUCCAGAUUAAACUCUACUGUGUGCAUACAAAAUCACUACAGGAUGUGCAGAUCUGGUUCCAGCCCAAUCAGGGGGCCUCAUCCUCCCUUUUCAUGCCUCAGUCUGGAUCACAAGAUGGCUUUGGUUUUUCUGACCCACUGGCUGAUCUGAAUGUGGAGGCAAUGAGCUCUGAUAAGGAGUCUGGGGACAGUGGAUCACAGAAUGACCUGAGUAAAAUACUGCCGCUUCCAAGUCCAGCAGACUUCAUGAGUCCAGCCCCAUCAGCCUUGCCCAAACUCAUGACCCCGGACGCCUUUAUGACGCCCAGUGCUUCUAUGCCCGCCUCUCCUGGCAGCAGUGCAAGCAGCCUGACCAUAGUCACGGCCAUGAGCAGCUCAGACAACGGUGCAAGGGGUGGAGAUGAUCUGACCCAGAGCCCUAAAAUGUCUGUCGAAUGUGGCAACACCAGCUUGACUCUGAGUGCCAGCGCUGGCAGUUCAAGAUCCAACUCCAUCCUUAUCUCAGGCCUUGGGGAAAACAUCCAGGGUUUCUCUCCCCCACUGGUGCUUUCUCCAUCCCUACUGCGAGAGGCCUCUCUGCUCUGCGAAGCUGCUCCUUACUCUCACAGACUUCCCCUCCCUUAUUUCCCAUCUCCUCCUCCACAGGUUUCCUCUCCAAACCCUCCUCUCUCCAUGGAUCUCCAGGCCAUAGAUCCCAUGAUUGUCCCUCAGGCCUCUCCGACCAGAGCUCGCUCUCCGGAUGUCAUUUCAUCUGCUUCUACGGCAAUGUCCCAGGACAUCCCCGAGAUCGCCUCAGAAACCCUGCAGAGAGGACUGGCUGGUGCCGCUGCUGACUCGGUCUCCGUCCUGCAUUCUGACAGCAUGGCUUCAGCCGCAUCGGUCCUCCACCUGCUGUCUCCGAGAGCCCGGAGCGGUGCUGAGCACAGUUUGCUGCCUCUCGAAUUGGGUGCAGCAUCUGUGGAUGGAGAACAAAGACUCAAUAACACACCCUCCCUACUAGAGACUGCUCUGUCACAGGAGAACGCUGUAGCGGGUGGAGGUUCUUGUUCUGACAGCAGUGUGAACCAUGCGUGGCCAGCAGCACCCGAUAUCACACGAGAGACUCGCAAUAGCCUGAGAGACAAUGGUUUGGGAGACUGCUCUAGGGAGGAAAUAAAGGACAGGCACAUUUCUUCCCCCUACCACAGGCGUACCUAUCACCUGACUCAGAACGACAGUCAAGAUGCAAGUGCAGAGCAGAGUGAUCAUGAUGAUGAGGUUGCCAGUCUGGCCUCCUCAUCGGGGAACUGUGGCGCUCGCUCCUCUCACAGACUUCCCGUAAAGGACUGGAAAACAUCACCACGCAGCUCCCCCAAACUCAAGAGGAAGAGCAAGAAAGAUGAAGGAGAGUCCUCACAGUCUAGACAGAUUGAGAACCAGAUGAGCACAGAGGUGCAAGAUGAGCUCCUGCUGAUGUUGCGGAGCCAGCAGAGGGAGUUAGCAGAGCUGAGACAGAACCAGCUGGACAUUCUGCAGAGAGUUACCAGCCACAUGGAUGCCAUACAGAGCUCCAUCAUGGCUCAUAUCGAGCACUCCAUGUUGGCUCAGCAGGAGCAAGAACAAAGAAGAAUGGAGCGAAUUCUGGCUGAGGGACAAAGCCGGAACCAACAGCUCCACGACCAGCUUGUUCAGCAGCUUGUCCAGACUCUGAACAACAGUCUGUGCAACCGGCUAGACAAAGUUUUGCGUGAAGAAAUGAAGAAGAUUGUCCCACAGUCCAUAUCGAAGAGUCUAGAACCUGUGACUGGCCAGAUGAACAGCACCAUCGCUGCCAAGUUAACCGCAGUGGAAGGAACACUGAAGGAAAAUGUCACCAAAGUUGUUAAGUCCAAGAACACUACAGAUGCCAUUGGUCGUGCUGCUGCUGAGGCCAUGCAGGGCCCCAUUCAGGCAGCCUACAAAGAGACCUUCCAGAGCAUUGUGCUUCCUGUGUUUGAGAGAGGCUGCCAGUCCAUGUUUCAGCAGAUCAAUGAUAGCUUCAAACAGGGAACCCACGAGUACAUCCAACAGCUAGAGACACACGUCAAGAACAGGAAACAGCGGGACCAGGAUGCACGGGAUCCCGUGAUUGGCCAGCUGCAACAGAUGAUUGACACGCUCCAGAAUUCUCAAGACCAGCUGGCCUCCACUGUGACGGCCAGCGUGUGCUCUGAUGUUCAGCAUCAGCUCCACAUGAUCGUGGGAAACCUGCAGGACUCAAUCCUGACGCAGGUGCAGCGCAUAGUGAAGGGAGAGGUGAGUCUGGCCAUGAAGGAGCAGCAGGCAGCCGUCACCUCCAGCAUCAUGCAGGCCAUGCGCUCGGCUGCAGGAACUCCUGUCCCCUCCACACAUCUGGACUACCAGGCCCAGCAGGCCAGCAUACUGCAGUUACUACAGCAGGGCCAGCUCAACGAGGCCUUCCAACAGGCUUUAUCUGCAGCAGACCUGAAUCUGGUGCUGUACGUGUGUGAGACCAUUGACUCUCAGCAAGUGUUCGGCCAGCAGCCCUGUCCACUCCAUCAGGCCGUCCUCCUGUCCCUCAUCCAGCAGCUCUCCACCAACCUCAGCACACGCACAGAACUCAAGAUCAGCUAUCUAGAAGAUGCUGUGAUGAACCUGGACCACGGAGAUCCAGUCACCCGAGACCACAUGUCUGCAGUGCUGUCCCAGGUACGACAGAAGCUCCUCCACUUCCUGCAGCAGGACACCCAGAGCCCUCUGAGCAAGCGUGCACGGCGCCUCAUGAUGAUGCUGCAGGGCCUGGUCAAUCACUAGAGCCCCUUCAGAUGGUACAGCUGACAUCUUCACAACCCUUCAGUCAGCGUCCCGUCAUGACCUCGUACCACCCUGCUGUUCGGUUGCUUAUCUGUGCUCUGCAGCUUAUUGGCUCUCUCCAAAGCACUAUUAGGAGUUGUAGUCCAGACUUGGACGUAAAGAUAUAUUGGUGGGUUUGGACUACAUCUCCCCAUCCUGUCCUUCCUCCUUUCAGGCU